AUAAAUUGUUUAUCAAUAAUUAGAGCGUCCAGAAAAUAACUAAAUAAAGAAAAGUUUGAAUAUCUUCGUUAUAUGGAUUGAUAUUUUUAGCGCUAAUAAAGGAAUGUUCAUAAGAAAAACGUUUUCAUAAAUUAUUUUUAAGUAGUAUAAUUGACUUCCACAAAGAUUUGUCACAUUUCAUGAGUUACGAAGAAGUAAUCUUGUAAUUUUCUCAAAAAAUCCUUGCUGCUUAUGGCUGAAACUUUCAGAGUACCCUAAGUAAGAAGAGAUGCAUCUGUAGUAUAAGUAUGAGUCUAAGCAAUACUAGUGUGAAGAAUAAAUCAAAAAAAAAAUUGGAUGUCGUUCAAUCUUGGCUCAAGGAAUAAAUAUAUUGUUUUUUUAAUAAAUUGUGAAAGAUUACAAUUAUUUCUUAAAGUUACUUGUACAUAUUUCAAAAUAAUUUUUAAUAUUGUUUCUCUUAUGAAUAUAAACUAUAAGUACUAUUUGAUUGAGGAUAAUGAUAUCAAUCCAUAUGGUCGAAAUAUACCGAAGAUAUUCAAAUAGUUUUUUUUCGUUCAGUUAUUUUCUGAACAUCUUAUAUUACUGAUUAUAUUAUGAGGUUGCGAUCAUGUUGUAAAAUGUUGUUUUUCUCAAAAUUUAGCAUAAGUAAUAUCUAAUUAUUACGACAAACAUAUUCAUCAGCAACUUCUAUGUAUCCUUAGUAAUGAGGGUAUAUCAUCGAGCGAUUUUCCUUCGAUACUUAACUAAAUUAAAUGGUUUGAUUUUAUUAAUAAUAUGAAGGGAAAGUUCCGAUGCAAAUCUUUAUUUCGCACUGUACAGUGUUCAAUAAAAGCACAGGUUUGCUUCAAUAAACAAAUUUGAAUAGAUAACAACUGAUUAAAAGAGUCAAUAACGAUAUAUCCAAAACAAAAAACAAACGUUUUCUACCUGACAACAAUGAACAAUCGAAAAAGGUGAUCACUAAACAAAACUCUAUUUUUGUGCAAGUUUGUCUUUUUGCAAACACCUCUCUAUAUUUAGAAGAAAAUAAAACUGAAAAUAUUGAUUAAUUUAGGUCGUCAAUGUAUCUGAAGUAUGGUUUAUAACAAAUGGUAUUGAUAUUGGUAUGCCAAAAGUAAUUGGAUCAACUUUUCGAGAUGAAAUUUUAUUACGACGAGCUGAUGAUACAUGGGCGAAACAGAUGGAUCGAGAACCGAAAGAACAUAAAAAAUUAGUUUUAAUUGGAAUUGUUUGUGAUGAUGAUAUUAAAGACUCUAUUCAUUUCCAUUCAGUAGAAGACAAAUUAAAAAUGGAAAUAAAAGUACCACAAAAUGAACAUGCAAAAUUAUCAUUAAACAGUGAUCAUACACAUUUUAUAAUAAUUCGUAAAUCACCAAUUGGUUCUAGUUCGACAAAUAUUUCAGAAACAAAACCUACAACAAUCGAUACUGACAAUAAACUGUUAGAAAAAAUAACUGAUUCAACUGAAAAUGUUACAAAUAAAUUUCGCAAUCGUUUUGAAGCUUUUUUACAUCAAGAAGCAUUACAACAACAAGAUAUAACUCCUAUCAAAUUACCAUCACUAACAACCCAUUGUCAGCCGCUACUAAUAAAUAAAUCUAAUUUAUUGAGUGAAGAUGGUUUUCCAAUGGUAUGUACCUUAGUUCAUGGUACACCAGAAACAAUUGAACUUGUCUAUCGAAAAAUUCAACAAGAAAUUCCUAUUGUCGUAUUUAAAGGAACGGGAUUAGCUGCUGAUCUUAUUGCAUUUGCUUAUGAAGAAAUUAAUACUAAAAAUAAAAAAAUAUUCGAAGAUGAUUAUUUAAAAGUUGAAUUAACUCGAUGUUUAGUUGAUGAAUAUCCCGAACUAAAAGAUAAUAAUCUUAAACGAAAUGAAAUUCGUAAUUAUGUUAUGUCAAUUGUUAAAGAAGCUGAUAAAGAAGGAAGAAAAUUUUUAUCAUUUGUUGAUGUUAAUAAUACAAUACCAUCAUUAAAUGAUUUUCAUAAAUUUAUUCUUUCAGCUCUUUUACAAGGACAAAAAACUGUAACUGAUGAUAAAGUUAAUGUUGAAUCAAAAGAAAAUAUUUCAUUAAAACAAAGUGAUAAAUUAAAACGAAUUGCU